GCAAAACUGGCAGACUUUGGCUUGCCGAUAAUGGACGAGGGCAGCGGGUCACCGGAGUCCACAAUAGUGGUAGCACGAGGGCGCGUCUUUGGCUGUGCACUGGGCUCUGUGGUGGACUUUGACGAUUCACGCAACGCCACUCCGCGUGCCGAUGUGUACAGUCUGGGAGUGGUGCUGCUGGAGCUGCUGACAGGCCGCAGUGCCGUCACUCCAGGGAAUGCCAUGCGAAAGAAUCUCAGAGACAGU